CAAAAAAAAUUCAAUUCAGUUGUUAUCAGAGGUUCAUUGUUUCGGUGACAAUUCAAUGUACAUCGACAAACAAACAGAAAUUAGUCCUCUUUGCUUGUUACGUGCAGAUUAGCUUCAGUUAUCUCCAUCACUGCAGAAGGAGCUGUUCAACUCAAUUACCGCCGUGUCUUUCCCUGUUAUUGCUGUCUUUUCGCUUACCAGCGUGUUUUCCGAUUUUGGCGCCAAAAGCAUGACGUUGGAUAUCUCCAACGGCGAGUUUUUGCGCAUGGCGAGCGAGGCUCCGGAAUCCUUCACCGUCGGUAUUGUGCAGCCGCGAACAUCUGCCGAGAGCGGGGACGGUAACGGGACGGGUGGGGAGGAGAUGUUGAUGCCUCCCCUGAACUUCGGGAUGGUCGAUUAUGGCAUUUUUAGGUCUGGCUUCCCUGAUUCCGCCAGCUUCGGAUUCUUGAAAACCCUUCGCCUACGUUCCAUUAUAUGUUUGUUCCCUGACGAGUAUCCCGAAGCCAAUUUGGAGUUCUUGAAGGCUAAUGGAAUAAGGCUUUAUCAAUUCGGAAUCGAUGGCUCGAAGGAUCUUUUGACAAAAGACCCGGAAGAUAUAAUUCGUGAGGCAUUGAAAGUUAUCCUAGAUGUUGGGAACCAUCCAUUGCUCAUUCAUUGCAAAAGAGGAAAGCAUCGCACUGGUUGUCUUGUGGGAUGCUUAAGAAAAUUGCAAAGAUGGUGUCUAUCAUCCAUUUUUGAUGAGUAUCAAAGUUUUGCAGCUGCUAAAGCUAGAGUGUCAGAUCAGAGCUUCAUAACAUUGUUUGAUAUUUCUGAUUUUAAACCCCAGCCAUUGUCAUUUUCACCCUCACAAAAGUACAGUAUUGACAAAGUCCUGGAUGCUGUUCCAUCCUACCCCUGAGUAUUACCCUGAAGUACUGUGACGCCUCCCAAUUUUUUUGGGGGCAUAUUACCAAGGAAUGAACAUAGAAUCUCAAUCUAAUUACUCUAACUCACAUCAGAACACCCCCAUUUUUAUUUUUCUUGUCCCCCUCUAGGCUUUUCCCCCUCCAAUGUAACAUUUUAUCAGUUUACAUUGAGUAGUUGGUUUGGUUGGUUUUAUGCUAAAUCAAAAUCAUUUCCGUGAUCAAUUGAUCCCCUUUUCUUGUAAAGAUGAUGACAGACAACAGAGAAAUGCUAAUGCUAGUUUUUUUUUUUUUUUGGGGUGG